ACUCCAGUACAGUAGGUGGCGGUCCAUGGGUCUUUGAGGUGGUUGCGAUCCGCCAAUACAAAUUUAAAGAAUAAGUCUCAUUAGCUAGCUGACAACUCUCCUAGGGUGUAUUUUUACAACUCUCAGUUGAAGUACAAGUAUAGUCUAUAGAUCGCAUAGGAAGAUGGAAGACGACGUUUUAACAACACUGAAAAUAUUAAUAAUUGGAGAAAGUGGCGUUGGGAAGUCCAGUCUUCUCUUGAGAUUCACAGAUGACACAUUUGAUCCCGAACUAGCAGCAACAAUAGGCGUUGAUUUCAAAGUGAAGACCAUCUCAGUGGAUGGGAACAAGGCAAAGUUGGCAAUAUGGGACACGGCUGGCCAGGAGCGUUUCCGGACCCUGACACCUAGUUAUUACCGCGGCGCGCAGGGAGUCAUCCUGGUGUAUGAUGUAACGCGACGGGAUACUUUCACCAAGCUGGACAACUGGCUCAAUGAGCUGGAGACGUACUGCACAAGGAAUGACCUUGUCAAGAUGCUGGUCGGGAACAAAAUUGAUAAGGAAAACCAUGAACUAGACAGGAACGAAGGCCUGAAGUUUGCAAGAAAACAUUCCAUGCUGUUUAUAGAGGCCAGUGCUAAGACGCGUGAUGGGGUCCAGUGUGCGUUUGAGGAGCUGGUUGAGAAGAUCAUCCAGACCCCUGGACUGUGGGAGAGCGAGCGCCAGGGCCGAGGGGUACAGCUGGGCCGGCAGGACCAGGCUGCAGGGGGUGGCUGUGGGUUACUGCUCCCUGGUAUAGACCCACACUACAUUCACCACGCAACGCGCGCACAUACAAAGCAUAGACACCUCAUACACACACACAUACGAAACGCACCCCACACACACUCACUUGAAAGACACACCCAACCAAACACUCACACUGAUGGCUGAUGUCCUGCGAUGAGGACUAUGAAGGCUAUAGUUUUCAGACUAUUUCCCACAUCAGCCCCUAGGUGUGGAGUGAGACAGGGCUGCUCCUGACCAGCACCUCCGCUCACUGGCUGUGAUCAUUCAUAGGGGCGUUGCUGUUUGCACACUUCCUGUUAUCAUGGCUAUAAUUCUGUUUAAAGGUACUCUACCCUGUUGGUCUUUCUGAAAAUGAAUAUAGUGAAUGACUUGGUGGAAUAGUGAGGGGGGGCACAAUACCAUGGAAAGCAGUGGGGUGUUUUUUUAAUUCAGAAAAUUAUUUUCUAUCACCUGUUCUCAAUUACGGUUGUAACGAGUUUUGUUUGUCCUCCCCCUCAACACUUUGUUGUAGAAUUUCCCCCCCC